AUUAUGCUUACACAAACUCGACCUUGGUUCAUCUUUCGUUUUAUCCUUCAAUCUUCAUCGUUUUAUAUGGAUUUCUUCUAUUCUCGAGCACUUGAGCUUGAGUGGACCGUCGACCCAGCUGCAGCUACAAAUCCAGCAGAGACUGCUCAACCAUUGCUUUCGGACAAUGGAGUUUGCUGUAGUGAAGUUUACAAAAGAGGAUGACGCAAUCGGAGUCAUUCCUUUGACAUGGGUCAAGGAAAUGUCAGACUCUGAAGAGCGUAUAAUGGCCUCUUCUUACUACCCACCAUCAAAAUUGAAAAAUGUUGAGCGUCUGGCAAGAAAAAAAGUCACCCCCAGAAUCGAUUGGGAUCUGGUCGAAACCGAAAUAAUUCACCAGUACAAUUGUAAUCGACUAUUCGUCGUUGUGGGACAGUUACAAGAAACGGUUGCAGACCUCACAGACGUCGUGAAGAGAUUAAAUGAAAAAAUAAAUGAGCAUUUCAAUGUAAACACUCGUCAAGAACGCACCGAUGAAAAAUCUUACGAGGUUUUAGGAAAAAUACCAGUACAAAGUUUGGAGGAAAUGGAAGAGUUGGAGAAAAUGAUGGAAAAACCUCAAUUUAAGAAGCAGCUGUUCAAAGUUCUGACUUCAGUUGGGGGAAAGGACAUAAAGACGAUGGUCUACAAUUGCCUCCGGAGAUUAAUGUCCUACAACAUUGCAGUUGAAUAUUCCUACAGCGGAAAUACUGCCCAAUUAAUAACAAUUUGA